AUGUCUAACUGGUCAGUACUUAGAAAUAUUUCACAAAAUAAUUCAACCAGCCUUGGUGGUUCUGAUUUUCAGUUUGUGCGGAUAUUGCAGCUGUUUUUCUACUCCGUUAUAAUCGCUGUAGGCUCCAUCGGAAAUGCGUUAAUAUGCCUGGCAAUCCUCAGUCGCAGAAAGAGAAAGACAAGUGAGUAUUUUAUUCUCAACCUAGCAAUAACUGAUUUAUUAACCAGUAUUGUUAGCAUUCCAUUGGAUAUUAUCGAGCGAUUAGCCGGUUAUUGGCCAUAUGGCCCGUUCCUUUGUAAGUUGGUGUAUCCUCUCCAGACGGUUCUAAUGUCUGUGUCUGUAGCGACACUACUGGCGAUGAGCUUAGAACGACAUCGAGCCAUACUGCACCCGCUGAAGCCCCGGAUGAAGGGAAGGAAGCCUGUCUGCAUUAUUUGCAUCAUAUGGAUCGGCAGUACAUUACUCGUGUCUCCCUAUAUUUACGUACUGGGUUUCAAUUCAGGAAGCUGUAUAGAGAACUGGCCUGGUGUGAGUUACGUCAAAGCAUACACCAAGUCUGUUUUUAUCGUGCUAUACGUUUGUCCACUUUUUGGCAUAACUGUUGCUUAUGUACAAAUUGGGAGAAGGCUUUACAAGGACAUUAAGACUCUUCAGGUUGUUAUGGCUGAUACAGAGGGUGGUAUGACUGGGCGACAAGUGCUCAAAACGCGUGCACACCGUAACUUGCGCAUUGUGAAAAUCUUUGUGGCAGCGGUCGUUGCGUUCGCAGUAUGCAUGCUGCCAAAUCACGUAAUGUGGAUCUGGAAUGACUUUGGGAGUGGUUCAAACUUCGAGCACUUUUACGACCUGUUGGUUUUUACAAAUAUCUUGGUGUACGCCAACAGCUGUAUGAACCCUUUCAUAUUUGGGACCUUGCAGACCCGGUGCACCAGCUGUAAAGAAUUUAUGAGAGGUUCCCAAGACAGGGAUGAGAGCAGUGGGCAUCGAAGAAUAUUUUCCAUGCGGGUCUCAUUUACAAGUUCCUCCAGACUAAGGACGUUUAUUCGAGGGACACUGCGGGGUCCGCGCUCAAGUCACUUGAUUCCUUCAAGCCGCAAGGAAAGUCUCCCCACUACAAGAGCGACUUUCAAAGAACUCCAGCUGCUAGAUGAUAAAGCAGAUGCAGAGAGCAAUCUUUAA